ACUUCUGAGAUCAGUAUUGGAGAUUACUUUCCUAAGGGAACGGUUAUUCCUGCAAGUGGUCUCAAAUUGUUUACCAAGUAUGGGCCAGAUGGGCUAGAAGUUAUACUCAAAUUUGACUUUAGUGACAACAAUACAGGUUGUACCUCAUAGUUUAUGUGAAUAUGUGGAACAAGGUUCCAUAGCUAGUCAUACAACUUCUGACCCUACCUCAGCUUCAAGCACUUCAUUAUAGCACCCUCAUCUUACAUAAUUACAAGCAAGAACAUUUCUAGGAUGAUUAAGGAAAUAAGUGUUUCAAAAUGAAUGACAUCCUAUCACAUCAAAGAUACUUGCCUAGUGUUAAUACCGGGUAUUUAUUUAUUGAGGUAUGUAUUACCAUUACCAUGUUGUCAAAAGUUUAGUCAGACAAUCACUCUUAAAAGUAAAUCUUUAUUGAUUCCAAUGUAAUAACAGUGCUGCAAUACAAAUGUUUGUUGCUUUAUUUUUGUAUAAGGUCUAUGCAAUGCAUGCACAAUGAGACACCUGUUUGUUAUUUUAAAUUGCACAUUUCCAUUAAAUGGAAUGAGAGACUUCCAGCUAAUUUGAUAAAGAUAAUAACAGAGUUAUUCUUGUUUUAAUUGUAACUGUGCAAAAAGAAUCAGAAUCUGUCUGAUAAACUUGAAAAUAAUUUAUACAGAGGACACAGAUAGCCCGCUGCCAAGCUUUCAUUGGAUAUGAAUAAAUUAUGAUUGAUGCACGUUUAAGUUUCUGUACUUUACUAUUUAGAAUCAGUUUUUGACUCACUCUGACAAGGUGUAAAUGUGUCGAUUAAAACAAAUAGUGUAUACAGUGCAGCAUUAUUUCAAAGGGAAAAAUAUUACUACUUUUAUCCCUAGAGGUAUAGGAGAAUUAUAACUCUUGACAAUACUGAUCAACGCAGUGUAAUAAUCAAAGAAUCCUUUUCUGUUGUUUGAUGAAUUAAAUACUGCUUUUAUUGAACUGGCUGUAUGAACAAUAUUUGUUGUAUGAAUCAACAUUCUUUUCCUCCAAACUUUGCAUGUUGCAUUUGUUAACCCCGUUUUAUAGGCUGAUCUCCUUCUGCCCAGGUGGGCUGUGCCGUCGCCAAUAUUCACAAUAGGCAAAGUGGCUCAGAUAUUGUGGCAAAUAGGAUUUUUAACUUUUUUAUCUUUCAGAUUUCAUUGACACUUAUAAUUCGUUUCUAUUGUUCAGUUUCACUUGAAUUUUCCUCCAUGAUCAUAUUAUUGCUAACAUUUAUGGCCAUUGGUAGUGAAGGUAAACACAACACGGCUACUGAAAACUGGCCACUGGAAAAAAUAGUGCCAGGUGGCUGAAUUGUUUUUAGUUUCGCCCAUUCCUUUUUAUGGCUAUGGCAUUUGAAUGAUCCGUUGGCAUGAUGCAUUCCGUGCUUCUAUACAAACUGUAUGACACUCCAUCAAACACAUUUGAAAUGUGGGUUGACUAAGUCCACAUCAUGAGUGUCAGUUGACUUAGUCCAUCAAAAAAAUGUCAGUUGACUUAAUCCAACUCACAAAUGUCAUUUGACUUAGUCUACCACUGAGUACCACAUGUAUGUCAGUAUCAAGUCUCAACACCAACAAUCUCUCCACUUAAAAAAAGUUUUUUUCACAAAUCUUUAAGUCUCUGUCAACAUGUCUGUGUGAAUCGACAUUAUCUAUA